GAUUCACGUGAGUGUUUCUUUUUUAUUCCUUAAGGAAUUUUUCCAUUGUAAAGUAAUAUCCUGAUAAGCAGCCUUCUGUUUCCGGUUGGCCUGUUGCCGUGGUAACGAGCACGCACAGCCACCGCGGCGGUUAUGGCGGGGCUGGGCGGUGCGCAGAUCCCCGACGGGGAGUUCACCGCGGUCGUGUACCGGCUCAUCCGGGAUGCCCGCUACGCCGAGGCGGUGCAGCUGCUGGGCGGAGAGCACCAGCGGAGCCCGAGGAGCCGCGCCGGCCUGUCGCUGCUGGGCUACUGCUACUACCGGCUGCAGGAGUUCGCGCUGGCGGCCGAGUGCUAUGAGCAGCUGGGCCAGCUGCACCCGGAGCUGGAGCAGUACCGCCUGUACCAGGCCCAGGCCCUGUACAAGGCCUGCCUUUACCCAGAGGCCACCCGCGUCGCCUUCCUCCUCCUGGACAACCCCGCCUACCACAACCGAGUCCUCCGUCUCCAGGCCGCUAUCAAGUACAGCGAGGGCGACCUGCCCGGGGCCAGGAGCCUGGUGGAGCAACUACUGAGUGGGGAAGGGGGAGAAGACAGCGGGGGCGAGAAUGAGCUCGAUGGCCAGGUCAGCCUGGGUUGUUUGCUCUACAAGGAGGGACAUUAUGAAGCCGCGUGUUCCAAGUUCUCUACGGCCCUGCAGGCUUCAGGCUACCGGCCUGACCUUUCCUACAACCUAGCUUUGGCCUAUUACAGCAGCCGGCAUUAUGCCUCGGCGCUGAAGCAUAUCGCCGAUAUUAUUGAGCAUGGCAUCCGUCAGCACCCAGAGCUGGGUGUUGGCAUGACCACCGAGGGCAUUGACGUUCGAAGUGUUGGCAACACCUUAGUCCUUCACCAGACUGCUCUGGUGGAAGCCUUCAACCUCAAGGCUGCCAUAGAAUACCAAUUGAGAAACUAUGAGGUAGCCCAGGAAACCCUCACUGACAUGCCACCUAGGGCAGAGGAAGAAUUAGACCCUGUGACACUGCACAAUCAGGCGCUAAUGAACAUGGAUUCCAGGCCUACAGAAGGAUUUGAAAAGCUACAGUUUUUGCUGCAACAGAACCCCUUUCCUCCAGAGACCUUUGGCAACCUGUUGCUGCUCUACUGUAAAUAUGAAUAUUUUGACCUGGCAGCAGAUGUCCUGGCAGAGAACGCCCAUUUGACUUACAAGUUCCUCACACCCUAUCUGUAUGACUUCUUGGAUGCCAUGAUCACCUGCCAGACAGCUCCUGAAGAGGCUUUCAUUAAGCUGGAUGGGCUGGCAGGGAUGCUGACUGAACAGCUCCGGAGACUCACUAAACAAGUGCAGGAAGCAAGACACAACAGGGAUGAUGAGGCUGUCAAAAAGGCAGUGAAUGAGUAUGAUGACACCCUUGAGAAGUAUAUUCCCGUGCUGAUGGCCCAGGCCAAAAUCUACUGGAACCUUGAAAAUUACCCAAUGGUGGAAAAGAUCUUCCGCAAAUCAGUGGAAUUCUGUAGUGACCAUGAUGUGUGGAGGCUGAAUGUGGCUCAUGUUCUGUUCAUGCAGGAAAACAAGUACAAAGAAGCCAUAGGUUUUUAUGAGCCCAUCGUCAAGAAGCAUUAUGACAACAUCCUGAAUGUCAGUGCUAUCGUGCUGGCUAACCUGUGUGUUUCAUAUAUUAUGACAAGUCAAAAUGAAGAAGCCGAGGAGUUGAUGAGGAAGAUUGAAAAGGAGGAAGAGCAGCUCUCCUAUGAUGACCCGGACAAGAAAAUCUACCAUCUCUGCAUUGUGAAUUUGGUGAUAGGGACGCUUUAUUGUGCCAAAGGAAACUAUGACUUUGGUAUUUCUCGGGUUAUCAAGAGCUUGGAACCUUAUAGUAAAAAACUGGGAACUGAUACCUGGUAUUAUGCCAAAAGAUGCUUCCUGUCCUUAUUAGAAAACAUGUCAAAACACAUGAUUGUACUGCGUGACAGUGUUGUUCAAGAAUGUGUCCAGUUUCUAGAACACUGUGAACUUUAUGGUAGGAACAUACCUGCCGUUAUUGAACAACCCCUGGAAGAAGAAAGAAUGCAUAUUGGAAAGAAUACAGUCACAUAUGAAUCCAGACAAUUAAAAGCUUUGAUUUAUGAGAUUAUAGGAUGGAAUAUGUAGUAAUAUAUAAUAAUGGUGUUUAUCAAAAUGGCUCUGUUAAUUGUAUUUGCUACUCUGUUUUAUGUUUGUCUUUUAGCAUCUUCACAUUUGGUACAUGUUGAAAUCUGUACACUUUAAAAUUUUAAUUAAAAUGAUUUAGAUGUAUCUUUUAGGAUACCUCACAAAGGAAAUUUAAAAAAGAUCUUGAAUCCUAGAAGGAUUUAUAAAAAAUUCAACAAUGAAUGGGGAAGUGUGUCUAAUAGUAUUUGUAAUGUCUACAUCCCCUCAUCUUUGUAUUUUUUGUGCUUGCUAUAUCCUGAGAAAACCCUACAUGACAAGAUUACAUCAUCCGGGGACCAGGCACUAUCAAGUCUAGAGCUCACUUAAUGUAUAGGACAUCUGAACAUUAAUAAUAAUGUCAAGCAUUGCAUGUUUUACUCCAAUAAUUUACUACCCUUAAGUAACAUUUAUUUGUAAUGCAUUCAUUUUGCAUAGACUUUAGUAUAUCCUGGCAGAAUUUUCCAAUACAAUUGUAAUACUUUAACAAAAAUUCCUUAUGUUCUAAUUUUUUUUUAAAUCUGCAAAAUUCAGCAGGAAAUCUUGUGCCAUGACAAAAUUACAGUGCUAUGGUGUGGAGACAAUAAACAGUUGACAAAUUUCCAGGGUUUUCUUUUGUCCAUUUGUUAAUAAUUUGAAUAUAUGAGCAUUAAAAAGAUACGAUCUUACUCUUUUCAUAAUUGAUCUUUAACAGUGAUUAAUAA